AUGACAUAUUCACGAAUCGGUGUGGUGACUGGCGCCAACAAAGGCAUUGGAUACGCGAUUGACAAGUCUCGCGGCGAGGAGGCGCUUAGCAACAUCCAAGGUGAUGCGGAUAUCAAGCAGGCUAAGGCCCUGUCUGCGCACGGCGGUGCUGCCGACAUCAGAUACCAUCAGCUCGACAUCUCAGACUCCAACAGCAUCUCAAAUCUUGCCUCGUUCUUGAAAAAGGAGCACCCCGAAGGCGUCGACUUUGUCAUCAAUAAUGCCGGCAUUGCGAUGCAAGGAUUCGACUCAGAUGUGGUGAAGAACACUCUCGCAUGCAAUUACUAUGGCACUUUGGAAGCGACGCGAGCUUGGAUCCCUGUGCUCAAGUCCGACGGCCGCAUCGUCAACGUUGCGUCGAUAUCCGGAUCACUGAGCAAGUACUCGCCCGAGAUCAAGCAGCGCUUUCUCGACGCAUCAUCGGUUUCUGAAGUUACCAAACUCAUGGAGGAAUUCACUGUCGCGGUGGAGGAGGGGACACAUGAGAAGGACGGGUGGCCGAGUGCAGCGUACGCUGUCUCCAAGGCCGGCGAGAUUGGCAUGACGAGGGCGAUUGCUCGAGAGCUCAAAGGCAAGGGAAGCAAGCUUUUGGUCAACUCAUGUCAUCCAGGCUACGUAGUGACUGAUAUGACCAGAGGGGGAGGCAGCAAGACGCCAGACCAAGGUGCGCAGACUCCAGUUCAUCUGGCAAUUGCGGAUAUCGAUGGGGCGACUGGAGAGUACUGGUCUGAUGAGAAGGUUGCGAAGUGGUAA